AUGGACUAUAUGAGUGGGGUCCAGACACGACUAAGUGACUUUCAUUUUAUUUAUUUAUACACCUUCUGCCCCGGGGCUGGGGUAUUGACAGCAUGGUUCCUCCAGGGCCGUGAUGAAGCUGGGCGUGGCUGGGUGCCCGCACGUGCCUCUCCUGGUGUAUCAGGGCAGAGGGUGCCUGUGUUACAGUGGAUGACGGGAACUAGGCUCAGAGUGAUGUCAGCUAUGACCAUCUUCCUGAUAUGUGAGGUUACUGUCCCCACCUUGUCCCUGGGCAUAGAGAUCCUGGAGUGGAUACCUGACCUCCCUGAAGGGUUCCUAGCACUCUUUUUUUUCCAAGUUUUUAUUGAAUUUAUUACAAUAUUGCUUUUGUUUUAUGCCUUGGUUUUUUGGCCGCAGGUAUGUGGGAUCUUAGCUCCCAGACCAGGGAUCGAACUUGCAUCCCCUAUGUUGGAAGGCGAAGUCUUAACCACUGGGCCACCAGGGAAGUCCCCUUCCUAG